AUGAGCAAGUGGCAGAGGUAUCGGAAGCGCUACAGCACAGUGUGGGAGAGUGAGUCAGAUCUGAAGGAUUGGAUCCAGCCUGUCGCAGGACAUGAGAGCAAAGCCUUCUGUAGACUGUGCCAGUGUCAGGUGCGAGCACAUCGCAACGAUUUGGUCAAACACGCAGCCACGGAGAAACACAAGCGCAACGCUGCUUGUUACCCGAACACGGGAGAGUUUAACGACAGUACCGUCGACUUUACUACCGAGGACAUGACCUAUGAGAACAAGGACAGAUCAGGAUCCAACGACCACGACUACUCCAGGAUGCUGUCCAACACAUACAACCCUAACUACCACCACAUCCUGCCGGCGUUGAGUCUCCAGACACUGGCCAGGGCCUGGUUGCAGGAGGACACACCAGCGUUUGACUUUGCCGGGUUUGUUGUUGGGGACGGGCAGGAAGUGGGACUGCUGUUGAUGAAAGAGGCCGGAAUUAUUGCAGGGAGGCCAUUUGUGGAUGCCAUAUUCAAGGAACUCGGAUGUAGCCUCAAGUGGCAUGUACAGGAGGGUGAUUAUGUUGAACCAAUCAAAACUGUCGCUACCGUAACCGGUAGAGUGCGGGAUUUGUUACUAGGUGAACGUGUGGCCUUGAACUGUAUAACCAGGUGCAGCGGUAUUGCCACCAAGGCACGCCGGUUAGCAAAAAUUGCCUCAGCCUCUGGGUGGAAAGGUACAAUCGCUGGUACCAGAAAAACAACACCAGGCUUUCGGUUAGUGGAAAAAUAUGCUCUGCUUGUCGGCGGAGUGUCGACACAUCGGCAUGACUUGUCUUCCAUGAUCAUGCUGAAGGAUAACCACAUUUGGACGGCAGGCAGUGUCACAAAGGCUGUGAAGGAUGCCAGACAAGUGGGUGGCUUCUCCACAAAAAUUGAAGUGGAAUGUCGGAGCCUAGAUGAGGCAAUUGAGGCAGCCGACUCCGGCGCUGACAUUAUCAUGUUGGACAACUUUUCUCCAAAGUCUGCCCAGGAAGCAGCGUCUAGACUGAAGACACAUUUCCCAUCACUUGUCAUUGAACUGAGUGGAGGAAUCACUGAAUCCAGCCUGACUGACUUCUGUGUGGAGAACAUUGAUGUUGUUUCUCUGGGUGUGCUAACUCAGGGUUACAGUACCAUUGACUUCUCCUUCAAGAUUCGAAAGGAGGGCCACGACCCCAAGAAUCCAACAGUGAAAACGGUGGAAGGUUAA